UGGGACGCUGCACGCGGGACGAGCUCGGCCCGCCACCAUGACCACGUUCGACGACGUUUUGGAAGAAGCCGGCGAAUUCGGCCACUUUCAGAAGCGCAUCUUCGGGAUCCUCUGUCUGGUCUCCUUGCCCUUCUGUGGCAUUUACGUGGGUAUGGUGUUCCUGGGCUUCACCCCCGAUCACUGGUGCAGUGACCCGCGGGCGAAGCAGCUCCAGGCGCGGUGUGAACACGACCCGCGGGAGGCGCCCUGGCUCGGCGUGCCCUUUGUCAACACGUCCGGCGGGCUGGUGCGCAGUCAGUGCGAGAGGUACGACGUGAACUGGAACCUCACUGACCUCUCCUGCAACGUUUCGGAGGCCCAGCGUGCUGCGCUGCCCAGGACCGCCUGCGACGCUGGCUGGGAGUACGAUUACGAGGGCAGAGAGUCCUACGUCACCGAGUUUAAUCUGGUGUGUGAAGACGCCUGGUGGGCGGACGUGUUCCAGGCGUCGCUCUGUGUUGGCUUCCUAGUGGGCAGCAUUGCCAUUGGAUACCUGGCUGAUAGGUUUGGUCGGAAGCCCAUCUUCCUUCUGUCCAGUCUCCUGAACGUCAUCACAGGAAUUCUGGUGGCGGUGGCUCCUAAUUACAUUUCUCUGCUGGUGUUCAGAGCUCUGUACGGUUUCGGGGCGAAAGCAGGCUGGAUGGUGGCGUUUGUUUUGAUAACGGAGCUGGUCGGGGUGCAGUACAGGAGGCCGGUGGCGGUGUUCUUUCAGAUGUCCUUCAGCUUCGGCGUCCUCAUCCUGCCCCUCAUCGCGUACCUCAUUACCAACUGGCGCUGGCUCCAAGUGGCCAUCACAGCGCCCUACGUCUGCUUCCUGUCCUACUACUGGUUUAUUCCUGAAUCGCCGAGAUGGCUUCUGUCUCAGAACAACACCAGUAAAGCCGUGGAGAUCACCAAAGCCAUGGCUAAAGAGAACAAGAGGACGCUCUCCAAGAAUAUCGAGACACUGAAGGAGGAAAACACAGACGUGGCCGGCGGCGUUUUCAUGGACCUGAUCAGAACCCCGAACAUGAGGAAGCACACUUUCAUCCUGAGCUUUAACUGGUUCACCAGCGCCGUGGUCUAUCAGGGCCUCAUCAUGCGUCUGGGGAUCCUGGGUGGAAACGUCUACGUGGACUUCCUCAUCUCGGGAUUGGUGGAGUUCCCCGCGGCCAUUCUCAUCCUCUUCACCAUCGACCGCGUCGGCCGGAAGCUCCCGUUCGCCGCGGCCAACAUUCUGACCGGAGUCGCCUGCUUCAUCACGGCUUUUAUUCCAGAGAAUAUGUUCUGGAUUAAAACGGCGGUGGCUUGUGUCGGACGGCUGGGAAUCACCAUGGCUUUUGAAAUGGUGGUGUUUGUAAAUACUGAGCUGUACCCCACCUUCAUCAGAAAUUUGGGUCUGUCCGUCUGCUCCACCCUUUGUGAUGUUGGAGGGAUCGUGGCCCCGUUCCUGGUCUACAGACUCGCCAACGUCUGGCUGGAGCUGCCGCUGAUCGUUUUUGGAGUCCUGGCGCUGGUUGCCGGUGGUCUGGUGCUGCUGCUGCCCGAGACUAAAGGUGUGCCGCUUCCAGAGACCAUCGAUGAUAUUGAGCACCCACACAGAAACAAAGAGGACGCUCUAAAGAAUCAUCAGCUGGAGGUUCUGCUGCACUCGGACGUAACGACUAACAAAGAGAAUGUGUCCGUCUGAACCGAGGGAGGUUCUUCAGUCUCCGAGAGGUCAAUAACACGUCCACUUUAUGUUUGUGUUCUCAGUAAAUAUGUUUAUGUGUUGGAAGAUAUAAGAACUGGUACCACGAGCAGACCACUGUUUGUUACGGGACUGGAAAUGAAUGUUUUAUACCCUGUAUACCAAAGGGCACUGUGUAGAACUUUUAAUAUGGAAUCAUUAAGCUUUCUGAAUGGUGCUGGUAAUGUGCCGUAAGUUAAUGCAUUCAGGCGAUGCCAGGCGGCUCUAGCACUAAAAGCCCGGCGGGGCAGAAUAAACCCUGUAUGGUCGGUAUCCGCCUCAUUACAAACCUUCUUGCUUAAUGAAUCUAAACACAAAUGCACCUCAUUAACGACGCCACAAACGCUCACGAUAACAUAAAGCAUUUUUUACACAGGGCUGUUUACGGUACCAGCGCUGCUACACAGCAAGCCAGUCAUCAUGGUUCUGUUAUCCACUACUAAUAGCAAAGUAAUAUAAUAAAUCAAGUCAACAAUUUAAUACAAGUUACAACAAAAUUAUAAGUGGAAAACGGAAUAUGAUUGACGAGAUUUAUCUCACACGGCGGGUUUAUCUCCUUCCUACAGAGCAUCACAUCACAAACCCAAACGUUUUGGCACAGUAAUGAUCAUUUACCCCUUUUCCACCGACAUGGAACGGGCUCCGUUCUGAUUCGUGGACUUGAUUUUGAACCGGUUCAGCAUGUUUCCACCGGAAAAAAGGUUCCAAACAGUGAAGUUGCGUUCGCAGCUGGCACCACAGAAUACUCGGUUUUUCUGCGCCAACUGUGACGUCAUCUGUGUUUGUGCUGCACUUUCAUCUUUAAAGUUCAUCUGAUUAAUUUUGAUCCAGUUUGUCACUGAUAUUCGCUGAUAUUUUUAAAGAGAUGAACUGUGUGAUAUGACACGGUAAAAGUUACCCGGACAGAAUAACAGAAAACGUGGCUGCUUGUACUAAAACACUGAUGAAUUUGGGCAGUACAGAGCGCUUAUAACCAGUACAGAGCGCUUAUAACCAGUACAGAGAUCUUAUAACCAGUUUAGAGCUUUUAUAACCAGUUUAGAGAUCUUAUAACCAGUUUAGAGCUUUUAUAACCAGUUUAGAGCACUUAUAACCAGUACAGAGCACUUAUAACCACUACAGAGCACUUAUAACCAGUACAGAGUGCUUAUAACCAGUACAGAGCGCUUAUAACCAGUACAGAGCACUUAUAAUCAGUACAGAGCGCUUAUAACCAGUACAGAGCUCUUAUAACCAGUACAGAGCUCUUAUAACCAGUACAGAGCGCUUAUAACCACUACAGAGCACAGCACUUAUAACCAGUACAGAGCUCUUAUAACCAGUUUAGAGCUUUUAUAACCAGUUUAGAGAUCUAAUAACCAGUUUAGAGCUUUUAUAACCAGUUUAGAGCACUUAUAACCAGUACAGAGCACUUAUAACCACUACAGAGCACUUAUAACCACUACAGAGCACUUAUAACCACUACAGAGCGCUUAUAACCAGUACAGAGACACUUAUAACCAGUACAGAGCUCUUAUAACCAGUACAGAGCGCUUAUAACCAGUACAGAGCACUUAUAACCAGUAAUAACAGAGAGAGGUUUAGUUCCUGUGUGGUACUGUUAGUACAUUCAGCCACGUUACGCUUUAUUUAGUUGAUUUUUGUGAAUUCAGAACCCCGAGCUGCAGAACCACCACACGUGAAGUAAAUCCAGUUAAACACAGAUACAUGUGGAGCUGUUAGACUGGGUUUGAUGGUUAUUUCACACAGAUGUUUGUUCGUAUCGUGGAACUUUAAUGAUGUUUUAUCGCUCGAGUCCAGCGCUGAGCAAAUCGGUUAUUUACACCGAGAGUCACGGUGAGAGUAAAGCACAAAACGCUUCUCACGUCAAUGAACUAAAGAAAACAACAACUGCAACAAACACGUCUACGUCUUCUCAUCACCAACAGCUGAUCCAUGCUUUUUACAUAAACAUAAACAUCUGUAACAGCAGCACAAAUCCCUACAGAUAAUCUACAUGCUCCACCAUGUUACUCUUUAUUGUCGUUGUGUAAUGACCACCGUUGAUGACACAGGCCUGGUUCCCAAAAACUGGUGGAAACGUGGGUCGGUUCUCUACAAAACACCAAGGUUCGAAGAAACCUAAACAGAACCGGUUCAAGAACCAGAGUUAUUUUGGUGGAAAAGCGCUAACAGUGGUCUGAGACUGUAAUAACACGUCCAAAUCAACAUUUCAGAGCAAGAAAACCCGAAACCUUCUGUACCGGAACCUACAAACACGCCUGUAAUAAUGUAAACACUCAGCAGUGACGGUCGGUGCUUAAAGAGAAAAGACAAACCAGCAUGUUCCAUCUGGGUAAAACGUCUCCUUAACUUUUCUGUCCAGGUCCAGCAAUCAGUCAAUGGAUUCAUGUUCAAUUCAAAAUGUAACUUGUAUUAAACUGCUGACUUGAUUCAUUA